AUGUCGUCCAGAGUCACUCGCUCGUCUGCGAGGCGAUCGACAGGCGCCGCCGCCAACAACGAAAACCCACUUGCACAACCACCACCGCCGCCCUCAGCUCCGCCCACUUCCUCGCGCAAGCGGAAAGCUGCCGCACGCGACUCCAGCCCUGAGCAGCCCGAGAACACAGAGCCUAGGUCUGCCCGCGCCUCUCGAGCUAAGCGCCCCAAGGCCGAACCCCAGGACGCGCCAGCCCCGGCUAUAGGUCGCUCUAAGAAGGCCAAAGGCAAAGCAGCCAUGUCAUCGGCUGGACCCCCCUCAGACCCCGUAGACGAGAAGGCGGCGCCCUCGUCAUCGAAACGCAGUAAAGGCGGUCGUAAGAGCGGUGGCCAGUCCGACAGCUCCCGCCGACAGCCAAAGUCGCCCCUCCCAGAGAACGACACCAACCCUUUCCUGUCCUCCACAUCACGCCGGAGCUCGCGCAAGUCGAACAAGGCAGCCGAUGAAGACACGGGCAUGGCAGAUGCGUUUGGAGACAAGCCUGAAGGCGAGGCACGACAGUCUAGCGAUGACCAGACCAGCGAAGAGGAGGAUGAGGAUGGACACGGCGGGCAAUAUGACGAAGAGGACGAAGAAGAAGGAGAAGAAGAAGAAGAGGAGGAGGAGGAGGACGUCUUCACAAAUGGCUUCCUUGGUCGCAACCCAGUCGGUCUGUCAGCACUCCGCCAACUCACAGGCAUGAUGAAUUCGGGCACUACACAACGGCUACGAGGCAUUCUCGAGCAGUUGCGAUCGGACGACGAGUCAAUACAAAUGAUUGCCUUGCAAGAGCUCUCUGAAGUUCUCCUCAUCUCGACCGAAGACAAUUUGGCAGGCCACUUUUCGCCCGAUGCCUACGUCAAGGAACUGGUCAAGCUUAUGCAACCGCCCGCCCCAAGCGACGACCCUUUCACCAUCACCCCCGAGCCAAACCCCGAAACCAUGCUCUUAGCCUGUCGCUGCCUAGCCAAUUUGAUGGAAGCCCUGCCCCAAGCCACGGCCAAUGUGGUGUACGGAAACGCUGUGCCAGUGCUUUGCGCAAACCUGCUCAAUAUCCAAUUCAUCGACUUAGCAGAGCAGUGUUUGAGCACCUUGGAGAAGAUCUCAGUAGAAUUCCCGUCUGUGAUUGUGCGAGAAGGCGGUCUUUCGGCAUGUCUAAAUUACCUCGACUUUUUUGCAACGAGUACACAGCGCACGGCGGUCACAACAGCCGCGAAUUGUUGCCGGAAUAUCCCAGACGAUUCCUUCUCGGUCGUGCGCGAUGCAAUGGGCACACUUGAAGGCAUUCUGAACAACAAUGAUCAAAAAGUUCUGGAGCAGGGUUGCAUUUGUGUGUCGCGUAUUGUGCAGAGCUUCAAACACCAAGGAGACAAGCUGGAACAGCUGGUCAGCCCUGGGUUGCUCCAGGCGAUCCUGCGACUGCUACUUCCUGGUAGCACAAAUCUGAUUGGAUCCAACAUUCACACCAUGUUCCUUCAAGUCCUCGCAUACACUGCCAAAGCCAGCCCACGCUUAUCGGCUGAGCUGUUGAAGAUGAACGUGGUCGAUACCCUGUAUCAGAUUCUCACUGGUGUCUCGCCUCCUAGCGGGACAGAUGAUGUUGCCGGGAAGAUUGACUCGGUAGUCAUCAUGCAAGCUCUGAUCCAUCGUCCCAAAGAUCAGGUCUUCGAGACCCUCAACGUGAUUUGCGAGCUUCUACCCGAUGUACCUCAAGAAGGCUUGAUGUAUCUCGAUGAUCUCGUGGACGCUGGAAAUCCAGGCGAUGAUUCAUCACCUCUCUCAGCACAGAGCAAGCCAUCUGCCAACCAGAGGCGCUUGGAGAUGCUCGAAGGCUGCAAGCCCGAAGUUAAGCGCUUCGCUCUUAUCCUGUUCCCCACUCUUACAGAUGCGUACUCAAGCACCGUCAACCUUAGCGUCCGGCAAAAGGUGCUCACUGCGCAUCUGAAGAUGCUUUCCAAUCUUGAUACAGACAUCCUGGAGGAAGCUUUGCGACCUGUCCCAUAUGCGUCCCACCUAGCCUCCAUCUUCACACAGCAAGAUCACCCGACCUUGGUGACGUACGCAUUACAAGCAGCCGAGCUGCUACUCAAGAGACUAGAUUCAAUUUACCGAUACCAGUUUUACCGUGAGGGCGUCAUCUCUGAAAUCUCACAGUUGGCGAACCGCCCCUGCAAAACUCUGGAUGCUCGACCAAAGGAUUCCAAAGCAGCGCUAGAAGUGGAGGCCUCUACAGAUUCUGGCUCGAGUACCACCUCUUCAGCAAAUGCUGAACUUGAACACGAUAUGGCCGUCCCUGAAGAUGUAAACAUGCACUCUGACGAUGAAGACGGCGAGGAUGACCACGAAGAUGAUCUUCACGAGGCUCAUGAGGAGCAUGAGGAAGAUGAUGAUUCUGAUUCUUCGUCGUCGUCGGAUCAUCAACUUCCCGCCCAGGUCCCGCAUGUCGAGGACAUUAUCACUCUACGGGCAAAGAAGUUCAUCGAAACCCAUGAAAAGACCAGCGAUAAGCUAGUGCGAGACAAAGCCUCUGCCGUGUUGCAAGAUCUCAAGACACUCGCGAGCGACAUUCGGUCAUGCGUUCUUGAUGGAGGUGCUGGCAAUUGCAGGGAGCUUUUUACACGUCUAGCAUCCUACUUCGAGGGUGAUGCAUUGGAGAGCAUUACGAGCUAUGAAUUGAAGUCUUCUAAGAUUGUGGAUGUGCUUCUUGAGAUUUUCACAACGACCUCCGCAAAGGGCAUCGAUCCUCGGUCUGUCUUUCUAGAAACCUUCAUGGGCUGUAGCAGCAAAACCAGUACCACAAGUGCUACCCCAUCUACACCUCUAGGUGUCUUGGUACACACUCUUCAGGACCUGCUCAGCCGUUCAGAACAUUUUGAUGUCAUUACAGUUCAUCAACAUGCCUACGACAGCCGUGGUAGUGCGACGUCCAUGCUGGCGAAGCAGCUCAGGUUGAGGCUCGAGGCAGAUGACGAUUCUGGGAUACCCAAGGCUUAUAGACAAAUCAUGGUUUCUAUACAUGCGAUCGCCACUUUCAAAGCUUUGGAUGAUUAUCUGCGUCCUCGCAUCAGCAUUGCAGAACAACGGCCGCGUGGCAACAAGGUGCGGGAGUCAUUUGCACAUUAUGCUCAAGCUAUGGCGGAAGGACGCGCCCCGCCUCCGCCGCACACUCCGUCUGAGUCGCGGACAUCGAAGAAGGCUUCUUCAAAGUCCAAAACACCGCCCACGGAUCCCCCUCAACCUGGGCCCAGCUCAGCUACACGAGAGAAGACACGUCGCUCCAGCAGACGACAGCAGGCCCAGCUGCCCCCACCCCCACCCCCUCCCGCUGUGCCGCGAUCCAAUAGCAGCCACGAUCCAGUGGAGUGCGCCGAUGAGGAACGUCUGAGUGACCAGGAUUCUAUGGAUGAAGAGAGCGCACUGAAUGCUAUUGUCGACGACCUUGAAGAUGACCUUGAUGACGAUCUGCCUGACCCAUCUGCGGUCAGUGUAGAGGUUGCGUCGACGGGCCAAGCCACAGCGCGUGAAGAAGACGGUACACGAGUAGCCACUCCUGUACACAAUGCUUUGUCGGCAAAGACACCCUCAGAAACUCGCACACCAACUUCGCGCCUGUCUGCAUUGCUGCAGAACUCGGCUAUGAGGCAGAGUCUGGGUAGUGCUGCGAGCGCCCUCUCGUAUGCUGCAGCAGUCCAAUCAAUUCCUCAAGACUGGCAUAUCGAAUUCAGCGUCAAUGAUCAGCCACUCUCUAACGAGACGACCAUCUACCGCGCCGUACACUUCAGUCAGGCACAAGGCGGAGAAGUAUCAAAUCGUACUGUAUGGGGUGCCACUCAUACCAUCAAGUUCAAGCGUGUUCCUGGCCCGCCACCAGCUGAAUCUAGCUCUCUGACUCCUCCGCCGGACGCCAAGGCGGAUACUCUGGGCAUGCCAGCAUCCUUGAAUCAACAUCCAGUUACAUCUGGUAUCCUUCGGCUGCUGAGCAUAUUGCACAGCUUGAAUGCGAACUUCGACGAUAUUUUGUUGGACAAGAAGGACCAGAUGAAGCUGAAUGCUGAGCCGCUCUCACAGUUUGUCAACACCAAGCUCACAGCCAAGCUCAACCGCCAACUGGAAGAGCCUCUCAUUGUGGCUAGCAACUGUUUACCAAGCUGGAGUGAGGAUCUGGCUCGCUUCUAUCCAUUUCUAUUUCCAUUCGAGACGCGUCAUCUCUUCCUGCAGUCGACCUCUUUUGGCUACUCUCGUUCCAUGACACGCUGGCAGAAUGCACAGCCUACCAGCGACUCUAGGCAUGAUAGGCAUCGUGAUGAGCGUCCCUUCCUGGGUAGACUACAACGUCAGAAAGUUCGAAUCUCCCGGGCUCGGAUACUGGAGUCUGCGAUGAAGGUCAUGCAACUGUACGGCCACUCUGCUAGCGUCUUGGAGGUCGAAUAUUUUGAGGAGGUUGGUACUGGGCUGGGACCGACGCUUGAAUUCUACUCGACUGUGUCCAAGGAGUUCUCCAAGAAGAAGCUCAAACUUUGGCGCGAAAACGAGUCGAGCAGUACGGAUGAGUAUGCGUUUGGCAAACGUGGGCUGUAUCCAGCACCUAUGAGUGCGGAGGAGGCCAAUGGCGAGAAUGGUGAGAAGCGUCUUGAGUUGUUCAAGGUGCUUGGAAAGUUCGUAGCUCGAUCCAUGCUGGACUCUCGUAUCAUCGAUGUGUCCUUCAACCCGACAUUCUUCCGCAUCGGCGAUGGCAGCAACACCGCAGUUUUACCAUCGCUUGGCGCAAUCAAGACUGUCGACAAUGACCUCGCCAACUCGCUCGUUCUGCUCAAGCAGUUUGCCGACGCCAAGAAUAGUGUCAUGGAGGACAACACCAUGUCAGCUGCGCAGAAGGAUAAGGCCCUGCAGAGCAUUGUGAUUCAAGACUGUCGUGUAGAGGACCUUGCCUUGGAUUUCACCCUUCCUGGCUAUAGCUCCAUUGAACUCAUCCCCAAUGGUUCGGAUACGGCGGUCACCAUCCACAAUGUCGACAUGUAUGUUGACAAGGUGAUCGACUUCACACUUGGCUCUGGUGUCCAGCGCCAGGCUGAUGCAUUCCGCGCCGGGUUCACAGAGGUGUUCCCUUAUUCUGCGCUGAAGGCCUUCACUCCAGACGAGCUCGUCAUGCUUUUCGGUAGAACCGAUGAAGACUGGUCACUUGAGACUCUCAUGGACUCGAUAAAGGCCGACCACGGCUACAACCUCGACAGCAAGAGCGUCCGCAACCUUCUUCAGACGAUGAGCGAGUUUGACGCACAAGAGCGACGCGAUUUUUUGCAAUUCAUCACUGGCAGCCCCAAGCUUCCCAUUGGUGGCUUCAAGGCGCUCACACCAAUGUUCACCGUCGUAUGCAAACCCAGCGAGCCGCCUUAUACAUCAGACGACUACCUCCCCUCCGUCAUGACAUGUGUCAAUUACCUCAAGAUGCCCGACUACAGCACUGUGGAAAUUUUAAGACAAAAGCUUAGUGUGGCUAUCCGCGAGGGUCAGGGCGCAUUCCAUCUCUCAUAA